CACCUAACCUUACAUCAAAUAACCCAAUCUCAAAGUUUCAUCGAAUCCAAUUCUCUCUUCUCUUUUUCCCAAAGCCAAACAAAAGCUCACCCUUAGAAAAAGAGAUGGCACCCAAAGCUGAGAAGAAGCCAGCGGAUAAGAAGCCAGCUGAGGAGAAGAAAACAGUCGCCGAAAAAGCUCCGGCGGAGAAGAAGCCAAAGGCCGGAAAAAAGCUUCCCAAGGACGGCGGAGCAGCCGCAGCAGACAAGAAGAAGAAGAGAUCUAAGAAGAGCAUCGAGACUUACAAGAUCUACAUCUUCAAGGUUCUAAAGCAAGUCCACCCGGACAUCGGAAUCUCAAGCAAAGCCAUGGGAAUCAUGAACAGUUUCAUCAACGAUAUCUUCGAGAAGCUUGCUCAAGAAUCUUCUAGACUCGCAAGGUACAACAAGAAACCCACCAUCACUUCUAGGGAAAUCCAGACCGCUGUCAGGCUUGUACUUCCGGGUGAACUCGCCAAACAUGCCGUCUCUGAAGGUACCAAGGCCGUUACCAAGUUCACUUCAUCUUGAAAAGGGAACUUAGCUGGGCUGUUGUUAGGGAUAGGGUUAGGAUUUCCCCUCUUUUUAUUUAGGUCGUGUGAUUUUCUAUGUUUAAUUUCCAAAAUUUCGGCAUGUGUUUGGAUAUUUGGUUUGUAUUUGAACGUGGAUCUACUCGAUCCCGAUUUGUCCCUUGUAGAAAUUAAUGCAAUCAAAAACAAUUUCGCUUGAUUUCUUA